CUCACUUCUAACCAGAAGUCCACACUCCACCAGUGACAAAAUGACUCACUCCUGCUGCUCCCCGUGCUGCCAGCCCACCUGCUGUGAGCCCAGCUGCUGCCGGCCUUGCUGCCCCCCAACUUGCUAUCAGACUAGUGAAAACACCUGCUGUAGGACCACCUGCUGCAAACCUACGUGUGUGACCACCUGCUGUCAGCCCACCUGUGGUGGGUCCAGCUGCUGCCAGCCUUGCUGUCGACCUGCCUGCUGUCAGACCACCUGCUGCAGGACCACCUGCCUCAAGCCUACUUGUGUGACCACCUGCUGCCAGCCCACCUGCUGUGAGGCCAGCUGCUGCCGGCCUUGCUGCCCCCCAACUUGCUAUCAGACUAGUGAAAACACCUGCUGUAGGACCACCUGCUGCAAACCCACGUGUGUGACCACCUGCUGUCAGCCCACCUGUGGUGGGUCCAGCUGCUGCCAGCCUUGCUGUCGCCCUGCCUGCUGCAGGACCACCUGCUGCAGGACCACCUGCCUCAAGCCUACUUGUGUGACCACCUGCUGCCAGCCCACCUGCUGUGGGUCCAGCAGCUGUGGACAAACCUGCAGUGGGUCCAGGUGCUCUCAGCCUUGCUGCCAGCCAGCUUGCUGUGCACCCGUGUACUGCCAUAGAACCUGCUACCACCCCACAUGCUGCUGCCUGCCUGGGUGCCAAGACCAGAGCUGUGGAUCCAGCUGCUGCCAGCCUUGCAGCCGCCCUGUCUGCUGCCAGACCACCUGCUGCAGGACCACCUGCUGCCACCCUAGCUGUGUGUCCAGCUGCUGCCAGCCUUCCUGCUGCUGAUCACCUUGCCAAGGAGCCACUGUCCCUAUACAACACCUUCUGCUAAUUGACUUGCUACCUGGGGACAAACAAAAUCACUUCUUAGACUCUGCUGACAACUGGCAUGCUCUACCAGAAUUUCAGUUACUCAUCUCCUUGCUUAAGAGCUUGUGAAUUAGCUUCGUCCAAUUGUCUUCCUCUGGUGUAGGAGGACCAUGUGCCAACUGCCUGCAUCUGUGAUAAGGAAGCAAGUCUUGGUUUUGACUCUGAAAAUAGGAUUGACCAUCUAGUUCUUCUGAGUAACUUAAGAAAAUGAGAUCUCAGAAUGUUUCUAUAGGUUUCUGCAGCCUAUCAUAAUCUUUAUAAUCAUAUUUUCUCUUUUGCUAUCCUCAUAGUUCUUGUAUCAUGCUUUCUCCUUUUAUGAUCACUUUGAGGUUUACCCAUAUGUUUCUCAAUAAAUGGUGUACCACAAUUCUUCUA